AUGGCGCGCAUCGCGCACCUUCUCCUUCUCGCGCUCGCGCUGAGCGCGCUGUCCUCCCCUCGUCUCGCCCUCGGGGUGGACCUCUCUCCCGCGGCGCCGCACGCGCGCGCGGGUCGCGCGGAGCACACGUACCCGUACGCGUGGAGUGGAACGCACCCGCCGCACGCGCACGCGAGCGGCACGGCGCCACCGCCGCAUCAUUCGACGCCGCAUCCGCAUCACGACGGCGGCGAAGAAGCGCAUGUCGACGCCGCGUACGACUCGUCCCCCACAGCGCCAGGGGUAGACAUAGGUACCCCUCACACGCCCGCGGCUGUGUGCGACACGACGCAGUUCACGGAACAGCUGCCCGAGUUACUUCCCUGUUGCGACGCCAUCGCGAACGCGGUCGGCUCGGACGAAGACGCUUCGCUGCCCGCGUGCCUAUGCAACCGAGACACGUACGUGCUGACGGAGCAGCUCCUCGAGGACACCUUUGAGAUGGAUUUGAAGGGCAUGUUGACGGCAUGCGAGGAGAUGCACGACGUGAGCGUACCGUACGAGUGCGAAGACGUAGACUUCGCGUCGAAAACAACACGCGUCGGCGGACGCAGGCGGCGGCGGCGCAGAGUCCGCGAAGAUGACACGUGGGUUCGCGAGAGGAGCAGACGCGACACUGGACGCGCUUGA